CAUCUGCCCUCCCUUCUCCGCUCGUCUAGGGUGGUCCCUCCAGAUGGAGAGGUUGGUGCGCUCGGGAGAAGUGCGGCACGGAGAGCGAGGGGAAUUUUGUUACACUUCCACCACCUCUGAAGCAAGGGGAAAAGACAGAAUUCUGUGAGCACACUUAGUUCAUAUCCCUGAACUCACAAAGAAGAGAAACCACGAGGGAUGGAGUGCGGAAAGAGUCUCACUGAUUGUGGAACACUCAGUAAAUACCAGCAAACUCAUACGGGAGGAAAACCGUUUGAAUGUAUGGUAUGUGAAAAGAGCUUCACUCGGAAUGAAAGCCUUGUUACACAUCAACGAACUCACACAGGAGAGAAACCAUUUCAAUGUGUGGAGUGUGGAAAGAGCUUCAGUCAGAGUGGAAGCUUUAAUUUACAUCAACGGACUCACACGGGUGAGAAACCAUAUGAAUGUAUGCAGUGUGGAAAGAGUUUCAGUCGCAGUGAAGGCCUUAAUUUACAUCAACGAACUCACACAGGUGAGAAACCUUUUAAAUGUAUGGAGUGUGGAAAGAGCUUCAGUAGGCAUGGAAAUCUUAAUAUACACCAACAAACUCACACAGGGAAGAAACCCUUUAAAUGCAUGGAAUGCGGAAAAAGUUUCCGUCACAGGGGAAACCUUAAUACACACCAACGAACUCACACAGGGGAGAAACCAUAUAAAUGUAAAGAGUGUGGAAAGUUAUUCAGUGAGAGUGGAAGACUUCAUAUACAUCUACGAACUCACACAGGGGAGAAUCCAUAUACAUGUAUGGCAUGUGGAAUGAGCUUCAGUCGAAGAGAAAACCUUAAUUUACAUCAACGAAGUCACACAAGGGAGCGACCAUAUACAUGUAUGGAGUGUGGAAAGAGCUUCAGUCAGAUUGGAAACCUUAAUAAGCAUCAACAAAUUCACACCGGAGAGAGACCAUUUAAAUGUAUGGAAUGUGGGAAGAGCUUCACUGUAAGGGAAAACCUUAGAAAACAUGAGCAAACUCACAAAGAAGAGAGACCAUUUAAAUGUAUGGAGUGUGGAAAGACCUUCAGUCAGAGUUUCCACCUUAAUUUACAUAAUCAGACUCACACAGUGGUGAAACCCUUCAAAUGCAUGGAGUGUGGAAAGAGCUUCAGUCGGAGUGGAAUGCUAAUAAUUCAUCAAAGAACUCAUACAGAGGAGAAACCUUUUAAGCAUCAACAAAUUCACACAGCGGGGAAGCCAUUUAAAUGCAUGGAGUGUGGAAAGAACUUCAGUCGGAGCAGAAUGCUAGUAAUUCAUAAACAAACUCACACAGAGAAGAAACCUUUUAAAUGUGUGGAGUGUGGAAAGAGCUUCUCUGGUAGUAGAAACCUUAAAAAACAUCUGCGAACUCACAGAGGAGAAGAACCAUUUAAAUGUAUGGAGUGUGGAAAGAGCUACAAGACGCCCCCUGCAAAACUUAGUUCGUGCAUUGGGAUCUGCCCUACAGGCGCAAAUAAAUCAUUAAGCUUCUCCUAA